AUGGCCCGAAAGCGCAAGAGCGCCGCUAGCACUGCUGACUUGUGCCCGCGGGAUCUCAACGAGAUCCCGUACAUCGCUUGGAUGAACAAGCAGCUCGCGGCCGGCCGCAAGCCCGCCGGCCCCCUGCCCGAUGGUGCGCCCGGUGCGGGAGACACCUCGUUCGAAGCCCCGCGUGACGUGCCUACCCGCGGACGCCCUCAUGCCGACCGGGUUGCAUCAUCCCGCGUCGUGGACGACGAGGCCUUCGACGACGAUCCUGAUUUCAAUGACUGCGACGAGGCGUACGACGACGACGCGGACUCUGGCGAGGAGCCGGACAAGGGCAUGUCCCCCUCCGAGGACGAAGACGACGGCGACGAGGACGCUGAAGACGACGAGGACGUUCCCGAGGAGGCACAACCCACUACCCCCGCCUACCCGUCGCGGCCGUGCAUCUACUGCGGCCGGAACCAAGACUGCCGCAAAGGGCGGAGAGCCUCCUCGUGGCGCGACGAGCUGGGCGCUCUCCUCGGCAAGCAGGGAUCCCAGUACUGGGCCCGCCUCGUGCGUCAUCUCGAGCAGGAGAACCCCGGGUGGGUCCGCGGCGUGAACGCACUGCAGAAGCAGUGGCGCAACCUCGUUAACGUGUACAAGCAGAUCAAGAAGGGGGAGAAGGCGAGCGGCAAGGGGGCGGUGUGCAAGCCUCCAUGGUACCCGUACAUGGCGCUAUUCCAGAACAACAAGGCUGUUGGUAACCCACACGCUGUCGACGGUGGUGGCGCGGCUCACGUCAACGUGCCGUGCAGUUUCGCGGUCCCGUCGCCAUCAGCACCAUGCACAUCUUCUCCGACUUUCACCGGGGACGCCUACGUCGAAGCGCCCACGGGUGGUGGAGACCGCAACGGUGGCCGCCGCCAAGCUGGUGUGUGA